AACAGAGAUUUGUGUCACAGGGGUGAAGAUGGGUCAGAGGGUCUCUGGAUGAAGAAUAAUAACAAGUAUAUUUUCUGCAUUACUUCACCAAGAUGAAGUAUCUCUAGUAAUUCAGCAAUGGAAGUGGCACUCUGCUGCUGCUGGCAACGGGCUGUGGCUUCCCAAUGGGUGAACUUCUGGUUUCCCCCAUCUCUACUCCAGAGCUGACCAGGCUCCAGGGCAGCGGGAAAGUCCGGGCCGUGUGUGCCCGCUGCCCCGGAGCUCCCCGGCUGUCACCCUCCCCUGUCCGAGAGGGGCACGGUCCCAUCCCACCCUUGCCCAGGUGCGGGGACCCUCCCAGCAAUGUCACCGCUCCUGUGAUCCCGCUCUGACACGCACGGCAACAGCAGCGACCGCCCGGUCCCGUGCGGGCAGUGCCACCGCACCCGGCCGGGGGCUCCAGCCCUGAGGGCAGUCCGUCCUUCCCCAUCCCGAGGAGAACUUUCCAGGCGGAUAACGGGAGCUGCAAAUGCUGCCCUGUGGAGAACCCACUGACUGUGGUCAGCUGGUGCUUAGCCAGUGACUUGUGGUAGCACCAGAUGAAUCUCAGCACUGAGAGAUCAGUAGGUGGCAACGAGGAACACUUGUGGAAGCCAGAAACUUCGGCACAAUGAGAUGCCUCACCCAUCCACUGCUCAGGAAGUUGCUGAGCCUCCCACCUCAGCAUGUACCAGGGCGAGGGACUCCAAGUAAAGGUGCUGUCCUCAGUCCAAAGCAGUUGUUUCUGAGGUGGAGCUGCGGUGCAGAACCUGGGCUCAUGACUGCCACUGAUACGGUCAACUAUUGGCAGAAGGUGUUCGAGACAAAUGGGAUCCCCGAAGCACGAGAAUCCAGUCAAUACAUCGUGUCAUUUGUCCUGGGAGCAAAAACAUUUCAGAGCCUGGAUUCCAAAAGCCUUCACACUCCACUCACAGCACUGCAGCAGGAGCAAAUCCAGCAGCUGAGCCACAAGCGGCUACAAAGGAUGCCAGUGCAGUACGUGCUUGGAGAGUGGGACUUCCAGGACCUGACCCUGAAGAUGAGACCCCCAGUAUUUAUUCCACGGCCUGAAACAGAGGAUCUUGUCUCUUUAAUUGUGGAGGAAGAAUUUCAGAAAUGUGAGAACUCAGCCCUCUGUUUCCCAGUUCCUGUUCCUCGUCCUGUGAUCCUGGAAAUUGGCUGUGGCUCUGGAGCAAUUGCUCUGAGUCUGCUCUGUAAACUGCCACAGAGCAGAGUCAUAGCCAUGGAUAAAGAGGAGGCUGCCGUGGAUCUCACUAGAGAGAAUGCACAUAGGCUGCAACUCCAAGAAAGGAUUCACAUCAUCCACCAAGAUGUUUCGCACAGUUCUGCCAAACAGCUGCUGCUCUGGGGCCCCAUAGAUGUCAUAGUCAGUAACCCCCCAUAUGUUUUCCAUGAAGACAUGGCUUCCUUGGAUGCAGAAAUCCUCCGCUAUGAGGACCUUGGUGCCCUGGAUGGGGGAGAUGAUGGCAUGAGAGUCAUUAAAACAAUUCUGUCUUUGGCUCCUUCUCUUCUGAAAGUUUCUGGGGGCGUGUUUCUGGAAGUUGAUCCCAGGCAUCCAAAUAUGGUGGAGCGCUGGCUACAGGCACACCCAGAGUUACUGCUCACUCUCCAUGCCAUUCACAAGGACUUUUGUGGCAAGCCUAGGUUUCUGCACAUCCAGAAACAAAGCAGCUGACAACUGUGUCAGACAUAACUCUCCUUGCAAGGAUGCUUUUUGCUCUUGAGCCCAGCUGAACAGCUUGUUGAAAACUCCUUCUGCCUUGUGAAAGGAAUCUCCAUUCCCCAGUGUUGGACUCUCCAUGCAGUGAUAGACCCCUCAUUUCCUGACACAGACCUCAUCCAGAGAUGCAGAAGUUCAGCUGAGCAUGUGGAAGUGUUUCACCUUCCUCAGGGAACUGCAUGAAACAUUUCAGUCUGCUCUGCUAAAAUGACUCAGUCAUCUCAGGACCCAAGACAGAAGAGUUCACAGCUCCAGAUUAAAAAUACAACUUCUCAACAUGCCAAAUCAUCCAUUUGGCCUAGAAAGAAUUGAAUUAUAUGUUUUUAAAUUUGCCUUGAGAUACGUUUAUAUGGAAUGUGAUCAGAUGGGAUGAUGAUAAACCCAAACCCUGGCUUAUACUGGCACAUGGAUAUGCAGGUAUAACAGGACAUAACUGUUGUGCACAUUUCAAAUGCUGUUCAGUUCCAGGAUCCUGAUGCUCCAAUAGCAAAGCAGCUUUUGUUUUCCAAUCCUGCUGACUGAUUGUCUCUGAAGGAUCAGUUCACAUGUUACAGCACCUGAAUUUACAGCCCUUGACACUUGGUGGAUGCUGCCAGAAACACCCAGAGCAUUUUAAUAAAGACAAUGCUUCAGA